AUGAAAGUAGCAAAUUCCGGGUCUUUUAUCUCAGAAAAAAAAUAUUACAGCAAAAAGUAUCUAAACGAUGAAUGCAACUCAAGAGAGUUCCUCAACAGUAUUUCCUAUACUGUAGCUCUCAAUGAACUACUUCAGAUCAGAAAAACACUUUGUUAUUAAGAAAAAGCACCUUAUACGCCAGUUAUGUUUGAAAUCAUGGUCUAGAGACUGAAGGACUACUACAGAGGGAACUUCUUGCUUCAACUUUGGAGUAUCGAAGGCAAAAAGCACUAUGAAAAAGUGUUUAAAUUUGAUAUUGUCAGUUGGAAUAUUCAAAGAGACUAUCUUAUCUUCAUGUAAGAUCCUAGAGAAGAGCCAUAGCAAUGGAUAUACAUCGUAUGCUUUAAGAAAGAAUUCUCUGUAAUAAAAGUUAAAAAUUUUGUAACUGACCCAUCUUUUACUUAUAUUGGUAUCAGCUAACAACUACUGCACCUUGCAAAUUAGCGCACUAUUAAGAUUGUAGACGUUCAGAGAGACUUUGGUUCGGAAAAGGAGAUCAAGAUUGAGCCAAAAUCUGACCAGAUUGUAACAUUUGAAAUUACAGGUGGCUGCAAACUGCAUGGUUUCUUCGAGAAUAGAUUCUCGUGUGAUGAUACCUACAUUAUGUGCUACAUUGAAACUUUAGACAAUUAGAUUGACUACUCAAGGCUAUACAACUGGGAAAGAAGUAAUAUUGUAAACCCAGCUGUUGAGUUCUAUCAGUACAGAGAGGUUGUAAAAAGGGAUCUUAGCGGAGAUCCUAUUCAGAAGAUCACACAAAUUAUUAAAUCUGACGAUUUCUAAUAUGGAUUAGCAUUGAGAAGCUCAGGAAAGGUUGAUAUCUAUUGGAACUACACUCUAACACAAACUCCUGAUGACUCUAACUUUACAAGUUUGUUCAUGAAGCAGAACAAACAGGAUGGAAUGAAAAUGAUAUCUUUAGAUGUAAAGUGGGAUUCUAGAAUAGGUGUGGACAUUGCGAAUGAAUCAUCAUAUACAGAUAAACUCUGGGCUAAAAUUUCAGAACAGCAAAUAAAGCAAUAUCUUAAACUUUAUGGAGCCUUUACACUUAUCAAUACUACCUUCCUAGUAGCAUAUAACAAUAUAGUGUCUACCUUUGAUGUCAUUAAGAAGUUGUGGCUUGAUCAUUAUAUUCAAGAUGAGACAAUAGUUGACCUCCUUAGAAAUUAAAGAGAUGCGACUUCAGAUGAUUAUAUAGUAGGAGUUCUUUUACAAAGUGGCAAAAUAGUACCAUUAGAAUCGACAAAUAUCGAUGGUAUCAAUAUUUGGAAAUAAAGUGAUGUUGGAAUCCUUAAUGUUGGGAAAGGAAUUAAAAAAAUAGUAUCAGAUUGGAGAGAUAUCUCAUCACAUUAUAUUUAAACCGAAAACGAUGGCAAUGUAAAGGUAAUGGGGUAUCAAAAUUGUACAAUCAGAGAACUUACAGGAGAUGUAAAAGUGGAACCGUAUGAAUAUAUGGCUAGAUUUCUCUCGUUAGAUCCAACUGAGGAUAUUGCAAUGCUAAAUACAUAUGAAGGAAAGAUAAGAGUGUUCAAAAAUGAAACUAAUCAUGCUAAUGAAUGCAAGGUAACACCAUCAAUAGAAAUUAAAAUUGAAGCUGCUUACUAAAUUUAAAAAAGAGUACAUACCAUCGUAUUGAACAAGGCAAGAGAAUUUCUUUUCCUCUUUGAUGAAGAGAAUGUUUAUAUCGUCAAUAGAAAAGAUGGAUAAAUGACUGUAGUUAAGGAUAUGAAUAUCACAAGUUUAUAAUUGAUCGAUGGUAAUUUUAUCUACUCUAUGACAAAUGAUUGCCCAACUAAGAAUUUAACAUCAGGAUUUUACUUCUAUGACUUAAAUUAGCUGAUUGAAAAAGCUGAGGAAAGUUUUAACUUUAAGCUAAAGGGAGCUCUUGUUGGUCAUAACAAUCUAAUUGAUUAUUAUAGAUAAGAUGAAAGAAUAGCUUAUAUGACUGACUAUGAAGAGAUAAAAAUAGUACCUAUUUUACAUAGAAACACUAUCAAUUUAUUCGUAAUGUAAAAGAGGAAAAAUUACGUAGGUUACUCAAGAGUUAAGGAUAAGCUAAUUGCAUUGGAUAAAAAUAACGUCCUUACUACAUGGAAUAUCACUACAGGAAAAGUAGUUGGCUAAACCAAGCUGAAGAGUCAAGUUGUAUCUCCAGAGUACAAAAUAUUCAAAUGCGAUGAGAGUGAUAUUAUCUACUAAUCAGGAUGGUAUUAGCCUUAUGUACUUCUAAUUAAUCUUAGCGAAGUAGUAUAGAAUGUAGAUGAAAAAGCAUUUUUUGGUGAUAGAUUCUAUACAUCUUUACCAAAUAACACUACUGUCUCCUCAGUUGAGCCAAAAGAUUUUAGAUCAUUCAAAAUUAUACAAAUUGUUAGUGAAACCGAAGUAGCAGAAAAGAUGACAUUUGUCCAUCCUUAAUAUAAAUAUGGAAGUUACCAAAGAAUAUACUUCAGUGAAGAUCUUUAAUAUAUGCUUGAACGUCUUGAUAAUCAAAGAGUUUUACUCUAUAAGCAAAUUUAAACUGGCACACCGGGCUUAGUAUCUUGGAGUUUAAUUAGAAGACUUAAAUAGUUUCCUAUGGAUCUUGCACAAACUACCUAUGCUAACUAUCUAUUCUCACCUGAUCUAUAAUACUAUCUUGAUUUCGAUAAAUCUGAGAAUGUUUUUCUUAUUAGAAGAUCCUUAGAUCAAACUACUAAAUGUCAAAUACCUAAAGGUAUCAUGAAUCCUUAAACAGAAGAACCAAUAAAAAUUGGUAAAAGAUUCAGAUGGGUAAACAGUAAUGUCAUUAAGAUUAUUAAUUCUGAAGGGAUAGAAAAGAUUAUAAAUAUUGAAAAUGGAUUUAAGGACAUAAAUCAAGAUACAGUUCCUAUGAUUGAAUUAAAGGAUUUUGAGAAUGAAAAUUAUCACUACUAUUUUGAGCCGGUAAAUAUUCCUGUUUAAGACACAGAAAAAAGGCUAAUUAGGAAAUUUCAAGCUUACAAUUCCGCUGUUUAUCUUGAUUAAAUAGUAGAUAAAGAGCAAUUAUAUGAAACAAUCUUUUAAGUAGACUUUACCUCAGAUAAUUAUAGAGAAAGAGUAGUAGUUGAUAUGAGCUUUACUUUUAUUCAUUGGAAACUUGCAGAGCUAUUAGCAAAUCCUUUACUUAAACUGAAGCUCAAAAGAUUUGGUCUCUAAGAUAUUAGAUAAACUACUUUGAACAUAUUCCCUAAAGGAAACACUGUUCUGCAUUAUUCCUAUAAAUAACUGAAUAACAUCAGAAAAUUAUUUGAUAUCAUAAGCACCUAUAAUGAUACUUUAGAAGAAGGAGCUGUAAAGCAUGAAAUUCCAUUUAUUCAAAACUUUAAAGGUGUAUCCCCACUUCAUCUUUGUAUUUAUGAUAAUAACUAUAAAUCGGCUGAGAUCUUUCUUCAAAAACUUUCUAAUACCCCUCUUGAUAGUCAUUCGAGAGCUAUAGUUGACAUUUUACACAAGUUUGUCGAAAAUGGAAUACCUUCACUAGGUUCUUAUCUUGAUAAUAGAAUGAUUUAAACCUAAUAGCUAAUCAAUAGAGGUUAAAGAAGAGGAGCUAUACUCUACAAGGAUGAUUUAGAAUAUGCAGUUUCAUCAUGUGAAUUAUGGCCAGAUAUUGAUAAUGUUGAUAAGUUACUUUUUUCAAAUGAUCCAAGAGAAUCUGAGGUCAAGUUAGAAUUCCUUGAUAUGCCAAAAAUUCAUAGUUAUAAUGAAGUAUCAGGUGAUGAAUUCUUCAAAGCCUUAGCUGAUUCUAAUGACAUUGAACUCUUUUCUUACAGAAGUAUUCAAUCCGUAAUUGAUUACAAAUGGCCCUUAGCAAGAGAAUAUACGAUAAAAGUACUAUUUAUUCCAUUCAUUUUCUAUCAACUUACUUUUCUUAUCUAUUCAAAUGUUUUUUGUGGUUAAUUCUAAUUCGGUGAGGAUAAGUAUUCAGAUUCAUGGUGGAUUGGUCAUAAUGUAUUAGCUGCAUUACUCUACCUAUUUUCAAUUUAUUUCCUUAGCAAUGAAAUAAGGCAAUUCUAUGUAACAGGAAUAGACUAUUUAUCUUCUGUUUGGAAUUACUCAGAUAUACUUCCACCUAUACUCAUCAUUGUCGUUGUGUCUCUUAAGUUGAAUACUUAUUACAAUGAAGAUUAUGAGCCAAAUAAUUUUAUCUACACAGUCCAUAGUGUUGCUACACUUCUUAUGUGGAUUAAACUGCUCUAUUUCCUUAGAAUUUUCAGAUCGACUGGGUAUCUGGUAAGAACUUUAACAGAUGUGAUCUACGACAUGAAGGUGUUCUUACUAAUCUUGUUUAUUGUUUAUUUCGGUUUCGGAGAAGCUUUCUUAAGACUCUCAGAGAAAUCAGACCCUGAAAUGCAAUUCAUUUAAAACUACGCUUACUGCUGGGUCUAUGCCUUUAGGCUUAGUAUUGGUGAUAAUGCUACAGACACAUUUGAUGACACCAUUCAACCAGUAACACUUUGGAUUAUUUGGGUUAUUGCUGGUAUCUUGACUAAUAUCGUUAUGCUAAACUUACUCAUCUCUAUCAUUUCUGAGUCUUUUGCAAAGAUUAAUGAGAAGAGCAAGGAGGCUAAUUACUAGGAAAGAGCAAGAAUUAUUUCAGAAAAUGGAUAUUUAAUUCCUAGAUACAUCAAGAACAGCCAAGAUGACUUUGAUAAGUACAUCAUAGUUGCAAAUGAAGUCAUUGACACUCAAGAUGAAGAGAAAAAUGCUCUUAAAACCCAGGUUAAGGCUUUGGACGAUAAAAUCAACGAAUUCAAAGAUCAAAUGACUAAGCAAUAGGAUAGUUUAGAGGCCAAGCUUAAUUCAUUGCUCGAAUGA